AUGAAACGACAAAACACGAUCGAACUGGCGAAUAUCGGAGAGAACGGAGACUCGAUCGACGACCUCCGGGUCUGUGUUUCUGAGCCUUUCCGCCGCAAUCCGUCGCUUUCAGCAGAUUCUGAAUCACGCGGAAACGACGUCGUUCGCGAGUCAAGCAUCCACUCCCACCAAGAUGUUUCCGACGCGAUUCGAGAGGUUCUCGAGUCAGAUGACUUGUCCGAUUAUUGCCGAGGAAUCUGUAGGGCCGUCCGGUGAGUCAUUUGCACCACACUUCGAGAUAUAUUCUAUUAUCAUCCGAGGAUGAUCCAGAGAAGGUUCGGAGCACAUUGAACAAGCUUUAAGGGCAGAAUACUGUCUCACUUACUCAAAAAGUUGUGAGCAGAUCGAAGUGUGAGCGAAGAUGGCAUAGUUCAGAGAACAUCCGUGUUGCAUUUUUCAUUUCGGCACACGAUAUGUACAUGAUAUUUAUUGUGUUGUUGACCGUGGAACAGGUUCUUUGCCGGCCGCCCUUCCUCCGAUCUUUCGGCUCCUGCCAAAGGAUGCUCUGCCAGACUGCUCCGCCCGUACCUGUCUGCCACGUCAUCCUACUCGUGUACUUGAGAAUGGACUGGAGAGAGAGAGAGAGAAAGGGAAAAGGGGAAAGUAAUGGACCCCUUUUGUUCGUUUUGUGCUUUUACUCGUGCAAUAACAGGAACCGUCCGUCCGUUGACCUUUCGCGUUUAUUCAAACAAUGACCGUUCGGACAGUGGAAGCCGCGCCCUCCCGUGGUAAUUCCCAAUUCACGGCUUGCCGAUGAAUUCGCAGCAUGAGUCCUAUUUUUUGAGCCGCCCACGAGUUCGAACCGGAGCAACCCGUUCCGACGGCUGCUCCGCGAGCACACUGUCAAAUAGCGCCCGUUUUUGCUCUUCGUUUUACCGGUUCAUAUGCCAUUCCCUUUUUUAUGAUCUUUCUUUUGACGGUGAUCUUACAGUGAUUCAGUUUCACUGUUCUUCUGAUACAGGACCUACAGUAAAAUUUUUGUUCUUGACUUUGACAACAAUCCUAGAACAACUUUGGCACUCCCUUUUCCUACUUGUUAUUUUCUUUUUCAGGAGCCGAACCGGACCGUCCAUUAGGUCGGUGCCUUUCUGAAAUCCAACCUGCUGCCCGACCACCACCCCAUCCACGCCGUUUCUCCCUUUUCAGACGACCUUCAUCCCAGCAAAUCCAUCAGGAAAAGAGGUCAGCAUCCUGCGAGUUCACGACCGCGUGGCUCAAAACUUCCAACUUUGAGUGAGUUGCCAUCAGAAUCUCACUUCAUUCUGAAGAUUCUAUUGCAGUCUGCGAGAAGGGACGGAUCCAGACCAAGAAGGUCCGGAAGGAAUGGGCAUCCCGACGGUAGGUUCAAGUGCCUUCCGAUUCCAUGCGUUUCAUUUCCAGCAGGACGACUCACUGGACCAAGUUCGUUUUACCGGAGGCAUCGAACGACCGACACAGGUGAGAUGGACAUGUUUGGACGGAAAAAAACCGAAUGUUUGCUCAGCUAACGCGAAUCAAUUCGGACUUCUCGAUCGGCGAGAACGAUAGCGAGAACGGCUCGACGACGGAGGCAGAAGACAAGACGCCCGAGUCGGCGGAGAUGACGUGGAUGCGGGACAAGAAGGCGAAGUGAGUCCAACGAAACAAACAGGUCUGAAGCACUGAAAUAAAGGGGGAGACUAGCAGUUGUCUAAAUACCUUAAUUGAUGGUAUUUGGAAGGAGUGAAGAACAUGCGAAAAUGGUUUCUGUUCGAAUCCUUCUGCUACUUUGAUCAUCCCCACUCGCGUUCUUUUCUUCUGCUUUUCGUCGUAUUUACCAAAUGCCACACCUCGAUCUAUUCUCAUUCGAAACUAGACGCAAUCCAGUGAAAGCUUCCUCCGGCGGGCCCGUUCGUCCUCUCCGCUCACUGCUUCAGUCGAUCAUGAUGCGGCUGUUGUCGGUCGACGAGAACUCGGGCCCCAGUGCCAGGUGCUUCUGCCCUUCCCCUUCGCAUUCCGAUCCUCAUUGAGCCUGUUUCAGGACUUCGUUGCUCACCGCUUGCACUGUUUUUUACGCUCUUUUCCUCACAAUCUUCUCGUUGGUCCUCGAAUUGGCACAUCUUCUCAAUGACGAAGAAGCCAGGAAACUUAACAAGAAGGAUAUUGUGAGUACAUUCGCAAUCGCUUUUAGGGCAAUGGACGGGGCUUCAGAUAUUUGGGCUGUACAUGUAUGGCGGAUCGCUGGUGUUCUUCUUCUACAUGUACAUUGUUCUCCUUCUCAAUCCCAGGUGGUAUUCAACAAUGCAAUACUUGGGAGUAAGUGGACGCAACUUCAACUGCUCUCCAAUCAAAGAGCAAUUCCAGAAGCUGUUCGGAGUGUGCCUGCCUCGACCGAAAGUGAGUCCAUCCUCCGAUUCUCUAAGCUCUGCGGCGGCUACCGUCCGAAAGGUGACCCACAGCAGUCCCUCAGCCGGCAGUCUCUUCCUUCGCCUCGGUUCUGUCGUGUUCGGAGUGACUGGAGUCGUCUACUACGCAUUCCUCGUGUUCCUCUGCGAACUGGACACUAACUGCUCAGCGCUGUCCACGUCCCUUGAUAUCUGUGCCAUCUUCUUCAUUUUCAUCCAAAUGCAUUUCAUCUUCUGCAACUGGAAACUUUCGAUCACUGGUUCACACAUGGUCGCACGAAUCGGCACGAUGCAUCUGGUGGCAGCCAAUCUGUGGACGUGGAUUAGAUACGUUCUGAUGGAAGAAGGCGUCAUGGAGAAAGAGAUACGGUAGGAGACGAUUCAGUAUGAAAAGUGCUAUCUCUCUUUCAGGGAGGUGUUCAAGCAUCGGCCAUUUCCUCAUUCUCCGCCCGGAAACAGUUCAAUGGAUUCUUCCGAAACGUCCGGAGAACUAUUCGGAGACACUUCGAAGGAGGUUGAGCACGGAAAGAAAGCAAUUGAAGGGAGUUGUCAGGCAGUCGAAUGCUUUCUAGGUAUACUUAGCAGUCUUGUGUUCCAUUCAACGCGGUCUUCCAGGCAGUCUUUCCGAGAUAAUGUUCACUUCGAUCGUCGAGUACUCUCUCAUUGCGGCUGCUGUGAUGUACAUUGUCUGGAGGAAUAUAGGUACUUGUACAUUUAUAUUGGCACUUGCCAUUCCAAGAAUUAAGGACGGCAAGAUCACGGAUCGACGUACGUGAAACGGAAACAUCAAAUCCGUGUCGACUGCUCGAAGACCACGACGGGACUGUUUCUGGGUCUCGCCUUCCUGGCGGUCACUUUCACUUCAAUGGUAGUUUACUACGGAUUCACAAUGAUGCACAAGUCCCAAAAUGCUGCCUUCGUGUAUGCAUUCACUGACAUGUUCCAGGUAUUCCUCAAAAAAAAAUGCAAGUCGUAUCCUCUUGUUUCAGUACGUGCUGUCGACAAUCGGAGUGCUCACGGCAAUCUAUCAAAUGAGGGCGUUGAAGUAUUUCAACAAGAAGACUCAGCUUCAGAAUUCCGACCAAGAACUCCUCGACCAGAUACUUUUAUCGAUUGGUCUCGUAGGAGAACUCAUUUAUUCCGUUGCUGGACUCGUUGGUCUAACUGGCGAAAAACAGUGGACCAACUUCUCCUUCAUCCUUCUUUUCGUCCACAUUUUCAGAUUGAUACAGGUAAACGAGAAGCUGGUGAAGUUGAAAAUUCCGUUUUUUGUUCAGGUCGGCACUCAAACAUUCCUGCUGCACGUGGCAAGAAGUGUGCGGAUGGGGUGCGAGGAUCGGGAAGCGCAGCCGGGAAAACAAGCGAUCACGUUCCUUCUCACUGCCAAUCUCGCAAUUUUCUUCAUGAAUUUGUUUGAAAGUGAAAAGGCUGGCGUUUCUGAAAUUAUUAUAGGUUCGUGUGUUUCUCGCCAACUCGAAAUCACUCUGUCUUUUCAGAAUAUUACGGGAAACGGUCGUGGGUGUUCCUCGUCCGCAGCUUUUCGCCUCUCACGAUAUUCUACCGCUUCCACAGUUCCGUCUGUUUUGCCGAGAUUUGGAAGAACGUCUACGCCGCGAAGACACAUCCAGUCCACAUUUCUGCCACGUCAACAGUCACCCCAAUCAAUGUCUGA